AUGUCCAAUGAAACGCCGGAAAACUCAGGCGACAAUGAAGGACCGAACUUCAUAGAUGUGCUAGACGCCAAACUAGUACAGUACGUAUAUGGAGCAAACAAGUUGCAACUGCUUAUAAAUAGUAUUAUCAAGUUGAGUGAAAACUUAGAAGACCCGCGGUCUUUGCCUAUGCUUCAGCAUAUGGUCUUACUUGGUGGAAACGUUUUCAGUAUAAGUGAGAGUGCCUUCAAUGAAAAAUUGAAUAGUUUAGGUAACUUUAUUCCAUACAAAGCACUCAACAUUCAAAUUUCUUCUACUAUCGGCCACAUUCCUUAUGAUUCUGCGGAUUCGCCAGUAGUACCGUUAGGGUUCUUGCCGGACUUUGAUGAAGCAAAAAGAUGUUUGAAAUUAUUCGAACAAUUGUGUACGAACGCGUUACAAAGUUACCAAAAGAGAAUAGUUACUGCCAAAGCCGAGAGAACAAAAUCAGGUUGCUAUAAGUCAGAUCAUUUUGAAAACAUCCAGCAAAUAGUGGAAAAAGAAUGUUUUACAGAUGAUAUGGAUUUAAAUGUUAGUAGAGGGUUCUUGUUUGAACUCCCUAAAGAAGACUCUUUAUUAAAGGACGAACAAUUUAUAGAAACAAGUCUAGUUGAUAUGGAUAUUAGAAUGUUGUUUAGUAUGACAAAUGCCUUAAGGACUACCCUUAGCAAGUUGAAAAUCCCGAUUAUCAAGCUUAUAACUUUAAAAAAACUACCAGAACGUCAAAGGCUAAGGGCCAUGCAACAAAUGCCCAAUUCAAAGUAUGCUUUACACCAAAUUUUAGUCCUCGUUUUAAGAUUGAAUGAUCUUUAUACUAUAAUAAGGAAACUCGGUAGAAAAAUCUAUCUCUCGAAUUACCAACAUUUGCAUGACCAAAGAUUUACAAUACAAUCGAAAAACCCUACGUAUUUUAAGCUGCAUUUAUUAAAAGAGAUUGACGAGUAUCUUAAUAGUAAUAAGAGAAAUGGGACACUAAUUGCCACCAUAACCAGAUUCGUAAGGCAAAAUUCUAGGUAUGAAGCGAAUCCCAAGAACUUGGUUGAUUUCAUCAAUUUCACUAAUCAGGCCCACGUUAUUAUAGAGAAGUUUCUUAUUAAGCUUGAAGAAUUUGCGACUCACUGGAUAACUUGUGAAUUAAGGUUUCGAAAGACGUACAGCUUGCCCAUAGCGAAUUUAAUUUCUAUUUAUCAGGAAGAACAACAGUACGAGUCUAGGGAUAGCACACCAUCAAACAAGAAAACAUUAGAAGAGCAAACUGAAAAUCAAGGGAAUGUUUCAAAGGGGCCCUCUGAUUCCAGUUUCAAAGGUAAGAGUGGAGUUGAGACUCAAAGAGAGGGGGAUUCCAAACCUAUAAGCAAAAACCACAGUGUAAGGCUUUCGAGGUCGUCAUCUAUAUCUAGUGCACACAGCAACAAUAGCUCUGGUAGAGGCUCCGUGUCAUUAGGAAGAAGAAGCUCCAUCAGUUCGCCGACCAAUCGAAACACUAUCAUAUCUCCAAAGAUUUCGCAUUCCCCUCGACCAAACUCUACGUUAUUUUUACAAGGAAAUAACCUGCAAGGUAAUCUUCAACAGAAUAGAGAACAAGUUUCGCCUUCAAAUGGACGAAGGAGAUCUAACUCACAACCAAUACCAGUUUCUCAACUUCAUGAAAAUUCUAAUGCUGCUGCUACAUCCGGAGCUGCGGCUGCGUUGCAUAAGAAGCAAAACAAUCCUAAUACAAGCUCUCCUGACUCUAUACGUCGGUCUUUAUCACUAAGCAAGAGGCAGUCAACUCCUAGCGUGACAUCUCCGACACCUACUAGAAGAAAGCAGGACUUAAUUGUUGUUAAAGAAGAAGAAACCCCCAAGACUCCUAGGCAGCUGGUUGCAAGUAGAAGAGUACAUGAUUUGCAAGAUGCAGCAAGGGCUGGAUCUAUAAUUUUACGACAACGAGAACAAUUAACUAGUGUUAUAUUUGAUCCAAAUUGUCCUUCAGAAACCAACAUAAGGAAAAAAAUCGAUAAUAGAGUAACUACUAAGAGUAGUCCGGAUACAACUACUGAGCCGGAAAAUACUCACUCACGAGAGAGAUCUUCAAGUAAAAGCGAGCCUAAAUUUUCGUUAAAAGAUGAAGCCAGUUUGCUAAACUCUGAAAAAACUCCUCAAGCACAAGAAAGUACCUCACUGAAUAUUUCAGCUUCUUCUUUAGAAAUUACAGAAGUCUCUUUAAUAAAGAAGGUUAGGUUUAUAGGGGUGCCUGAGUAUACUGAAGCAGAGGAUGCUCCCACAAAGCCAGCAAGUAAGUUUCUAAGAAAUUUUGCUGCUUUCAGACAACCUACAACCGGCAACCGUGCUUUCAAGAAGAGAGACCAGCUUUUGAGGGAAGAGAGCUUAUCCUUCAAAUCUCAAGUAUACCAGAAAUAUGACUUCGAGCAAAAGAAUAUUAACACGCCUCUUGGAAGAAGCUUCGGUUCGAACAGGCUCUCGAAGUUGACCAAUAAGCUAAUAUAG